AUGUUAUCAAGCAAUCUCGACGAACGAGAGAGACUCAAGAGACGUCAACCCAAGACGCGUGCCUUGCUAAAUUUAUUGUUGUUCUUGUUUCUUUCAUUUAGUCUCUCUGCCCACAGCUGCUUCGGAAAAAUAUGGAUAAUGAUUAUGAUUAAAUUUUAUUUAUUAAUUUUUCAUCAUGUUUUUCUCGUUUUUCUCUUCUUAUUUUCCUUCCUUGCUUCUUGUUUUUUUUUCUUUUUCUUUUUUACUUUCUUUUUUUUUACUUUCUUUUUUUUUUCCUUCCGAAUUAGAUUCAGCACUUCAUUAAUUUAUUUGUUAUUUUUCUAUAUUUCUUUAUCUUACCAUAAAAUUCUUUCUUUCUUUUCUUUCUUUCUUUCCUUAAUCUUCUUUCUUUCUGUCUUUCUUCUUUCUGUCGUUCUAUCUUUCUUUCUUUCUUUCUUUAACUUUCUUUUUUUUCGAUUUUUUCUUUUUCUUUUAGUUUUAAUUUCUUUAACAUAUUUCCUUUCUUCAAAUGAACCUAUUUAUUUCGUUUUACUUAUUGUCUUAAUUCUUUGUUUCUUUUACGUCUUCUUUUUUUUCACUCUUUCAUUUUAUUUUUUUGUCUUUUCUCUGUUCUAUGUUCUUUCUUUCUUUAAUUUACUUUUCUUUCUUCAACAGACAUUAAACUAUUAUUUUCACUUUUAUCUGUUUUUCAUGGUUUUCUUUCUUACUUUCUUUCUUCUUAUUCAUUCAUUUUAUUAUUUUUAUCUAUUUCUAAUAUCCAUUCUUCGUUUCAAUCUAUUUUCUUUUGUUUUUUUUUUCUUUCCCUUAGUUUAUGUUCUUUUUUUUUCGUCGUCAUUUCUCACAUAUGUGCUUUUUUUUCUAUUUUGGUUAUCCUCUUUUUUUCACUUCUUUCUCUCUUGUCUUGUCCUGUCUUUCUUUUUUUUUCUUUUCUUUCUUUCUUUUGUAAUGUCAUUUUCUGCCUUUCUUUAUCAUUGUCUUUUUCACUUCUUUUCUCUCUUGUCUUGUCCUGUCUUUCUUUCUUUCUUUCUUUCUUUUUUCUUUCUUUUUGUAAUGUCAUUUUCUGUCUUUUUCUUUAUCAUUGUCUUUUUCACUUCUUUUCUCUUGUCUUGUCCUUUCUUUCUUUCUUUUUUCUUUCUUUCUUUCUUUCUUUUUUUUCUUUUUGUAAUGUCAUUUUCUGCCUUUCUUUAUCAUUGUCUUUUUCACUUCUUUCUCUCUUUUCUUUCUUUCUUUCUUUCUUUCUUUCUUUCUUUCUUUCUUUCUUAUCAAACUUUUCUUUCUCACAUUUAA